AUGCAGCCAGAUAUUGAUUCAACCGUAACUAUUGAGCGACGCUUUUUUGAGACUCUGCAACCCUCUGACGUGCCCGUUUCCCGUUCUUUGCCCAACGAUGCCCUGAUAGUGUCUCGCGCAGAUCACGAGGCUCUCCAACGAAUGGCAAGACGCUACUCAAAUCUCUGCCAAAACCUGCUCCGUGGCGGCGUCGUGGAGGACACUAUAAACCUCCUUAGCCAGGACGAAGUCACAAACUCUAUCCAGGAUGAUGCAUUCACUUCCCCGCCUCAGUCGGUUCCUCAGAAGGAACAUCGAACCUUCGCAGCCUACGACGACAAUGCAUUGCCCCAUGUGCCUCCGAGGCUUCGGCCAGUGCACGCGGGUCGGAAGCCAUUAGUCGAGGUUGGCGAUGGACACAACAAACCUCCCGCGGGUCCCGCCGUUCAUUCAACCGUUAGCUUUGAGGGAUCGCCAGACUGGGCAGAUGCUGAUGGUGGUCAAGAUGCUUUGUCGUACUCGGCCGAGACUCCAGAUGAUGCCGACAUCCACGGCCAGCAGCUAUACCCGGCCCACAGUGAGAAACCGGCUUAUGAGAAGCAAUGCAUGCGAACUAUCCAGCUGAUCGGUCUUCCCGACGGCACAACCCAUGCGGAUAUCACCGGGGUAGUCAGGGGUGGUCUCUUGCUUGAUAUAUUCAUACGGGCCCACGAUCGCUCCGCCACCGUCUCCUUCCUGCACUCUGCCGAUGCGCGGAUCUUCUUUGAGCAUUGCCGGAGACACGACCUGUAUAUCAGGCAGAAGAGGAUAGAAGUUCGCUGGAGUGACCGUCAGUUCACCCUUUCCGGCCAUGUUGCAAGCAAAAUCGGGAACGGAGCUACGCGAAACCUUGUAUUGCGUCGCUAUGAUUCGGACACAACCGAAGCAAGCAUCCGCGAAGACCUUGACCACAUCCACAACCUGGCCGUCGUCAAAGUAACUUUCAUUGGUGGCAGUUGCUUCAUAAGCCUCAACUCAGUUCACAAUUGCAUAGUUGCAAAGACAUGCAUGAUGAGUCGUCUUAAAUACAAGAAUUGCAAGAUUGAGUGGGACGUGGAUGAGUGUGCCCAGCCCCUCGAUCGUGUUCAACUAGUGAACACUAGAAAAGACCCGCCACCUGCAAAGAGGCACGUGAACACGGUUGCCAAUCGCUUCAAGCUCUUGAGCAUGGACGGGGAAGAUGAGGAUCCAUCCGAGCAGAACUAUGCUGCGGCCAAAGGUUCUAUUGGGGUUGUUGCCUAA